CACAUGAUAUUUAUAUAUUUAAUUGGUGGUUGAUCUCUUCACAAAGAUGUUUAUUAGAAUAGAGAGGUAAGAUUAAAAGAGCGGAUACAAGUGGAUGGUGAGAAUGUAAAAUGUGUAGCAUUUAUAUACACACACGUAAUAUUUAAUGUAUCCCGAAAGUGUCAGUGUCAUAUUUUUUUUAAAAAUUUCGUAUUGGCAUGUCCGUGACAUGCCAUAUCCGUGUCCCGUUGGUGUCCGUGCUUCUUAGUGUAGGGCAUUAAAUGGUCACAUGCAUCACCAUGAGGAAAGUGGCAACAACUGCAUGGGCUAUCUGGAAUACAAGAAAUCAAUUUGUGUUCAAGCAAGAAGACCCCAAUGCCUUAGCCACGAUGUUGAGAGCACAUAAUUUGUGGAGCGAGGUGAAUUCAAUUGGUAAGGACAGGCAAGGAGGUCAGCAGGAUGAGGUAUGUCAACAGCACGAACAAUCUCCAAGCUGAUUCCGAGAUCUCAAGUUGAAUUGUGAUGGAGCUUUCAAGAGGGGAGAAGCUGCUAUAGGGGUGAUUCUGAGCGAUUCUAAUGAGUUUGUAUCGGAAGGUAUUGCAAAAUGUAUCCCUGCAGUCUCCAGCUUGUACUCCGAAGCUGCUGCAGUCAGAGAAGCAUGUCUCCUUGCAUUUUCAUCACAAGCUCCAACAGGCGACCAUCCAAAGCGACUAUAUGGAGAUAGUUAAGCUGAGCUCAUCUGAAGGAGUUCCCCCUUGGGAAAUUAGUGCUUUUGUUGAUGACAUUAGACAUUUUUCUAGAGUCCUAAAUUUAAGGUUUUUGCACAAGCCAAGAGCUCUUAAUAGAGCAGCUCAUUGGGUUGCAGCGCACACUUUAUCUAACUCAAUUCCACUGAGUUGGGUUAGCUGCCCCCCGCCCGAGCUUAAGGCUUUACAGUCAUCUGAUUGUAACCAACAUUUUCCUAUGUAAAUGAAAUUCCUGAAUAGCUUCUUAUC